AAGAAAUAAUAAAAAACAAUUGAGUAAAAUCUCUGAUAGUUUUUGUAUAACACUGUUCAAUUUAUACUUCAGAGUUCAGAGACUAUUUUAAAAAUCACGUCAUAUUUGAGAUGGAGUUGAUUAAAGCCCGCCAUGAGAAUUUGAAGGUGAGCUCUGUGUGCUCUACAGACCCAUGAAAAGCAUUCGACUAACUUCAAAGCUGAAAACUUUCUUUCAGUUUUCGAAGAAAGUUUACAAAUUUAACAACAUACAAUUGAAGAAUCUGCACCAACUGUACAGUCCCAUUUCAACUAAGUCUUCAUGCUCUGGUUUCUUUAUAGGAAAGGACUCAGUUGCUCUUUCUAAGGCAUUAUCUUUUUGUGAGAAUUCAAAAUCAUUCAUCCUUGGAACCCAAAUUCAUGGUUAUAUUAUUAAGCUUGGAUUUAGUAGUGAUGUUUUUGUUUCGAAUAAUUUGAUCAAGUUUUAUGCAAAAGGUGCGGUUUUGAGGUAUGGGUUUAAUGUGUUUGAUGGAAUGCUUGAGAGAAAUGUUGUUUCUUGGACUUUGAUGGUUUGUGGAGCUAUUCAAUGUGAGGAAGUUGAACUGGGGUUGGAGGUGUUUUUGGAGAUGAUAAGAGAUGGAUUUGUGCCUAAUGAGUUUGGACUUGGUAGCGUUAUGAAGGCGUGUGGGAAUAGUGUGGAAGGUAGGGUAUUCGGUUUGUGUGUUCAUUGUUUUGCUUUGAAAAUUGGAAUGGAGAGAAACCCUUUUGUGAGUUGUUCAGUUUUGAGCUUUUAUGCUAAGUUGGGGGAUAUUGGAGCAGCAGAGAGGGUGUUUGAGAGUUUGGAAGAGGUUGAUGUUGGUUGUUGGAAUGCUAUGAUUGGAGGGUAUGCACAAUGCGGGUAUGGUUUUGAAGCCAUCGUUACUGCAUCUUUAAUGCGAAGGAAAGGAAUAUUUAUGGACAAAUAUACCUUCAUAAACGUUAUUCAGGGCUGCUCACUUCUUGGUGACUUAAAUUUUGGAAGGCAGAUUCAUGGAUUGAUCAUUAGAAGUGAGCUGGAACUCAGUGCUCCGGUAAUGAAUGCUCUUAUGGAUAUGUACUUUAAGAAUGGUGGGAUGAAAUCCGGUUUGGUGGUCUUUAAAAAGAUGCAUGAUAGAGAUGUUGUAACAUGGAAUACUGUAUUUGGAAGCUUCUCCCAGCAUGAAGAUCCUAAAGACAUUGCAAGCUUGUUCCAUAGUUUUCUGCUAACCAGCAUGAGGCCUAACCACAUUACCUUCUCAAUUUUAUUUAGAGAAUGUGGGAAGCUGCUGAAUCUUGAUCUUGGGCUUCAGUUUUGUUGCCUUGCAUUGCAUUUUGGAUUAUUUGAUGAAGCUAACAUCACAUCCGCACUGAUCAAUAUGUUUUCCAGGUGUGGAAAAAUGGAAAUGGCACACUUAGUAUUUAAAAGCAAAGUAUCUGAAAACAUAAUUAUUUGGAAUGAGUUAAUUUCAGGGUAUAAAUUGAAUUGUUGUGAUGCGGAAGCCUUGAAGACCUUCUAUGACUUGUUGCAGUUGGGGGUUGAAGCGAAUGAGUAUACCUUUUCAAAUGUCUUGGAAACUUGCUCCAGAUCUGAGAAUCAACUAAUGAACAGACAAAUUCAUGGAGUUGCGUUUAAGUCUGGCUUUGCUUCUCAUGGAUAUGUUUGUAGCUCAUUAAUCAAAGGUUACAUUAAAUGUGGGCUCUUGGAUGAUUCUCUUAAGGUUUUCAAUAUGCUUGAUAGACCAGACAUGGCAGCUUGGGGGACCAUGAUAUCUGCAUUCGUGCAUCAAGGCUGGGAUUGUGAAGCUAUUAGAUCACUCAACUUGCUGAUAGAAGCUGGUGAGAAACCUGAUGAAUUUAUUUUGGGCAGCAUUUUAAGUAGCUGUGCGAGUACUGUGGCCUAUUGUCAAACCAAAUCUGUUCACUCCCUGAUUAUCAAAUUGGGGUUUGAAGGACAUGUAUUUGUUGCUAGUGCAGUUCUAGAUGCAUAUGCAAAGUGCGGGGACAUCCAAAGUGCAAAGAUGGCUUUCAACCAGUCAUGCAAAUCCAGUGACGUUGUUAUAUAUAAUGCCAUGAUCAUUGCUUAUGCCCAUCAUGGUCGUGUUGUGGAAGCUUUGGACACGUAUGAUAAAAUGAAGUUGGCUAAUCUACAGCCCAGCCAAGCCACAUUUGUGUCAGUUAUAGCAGCCUGCGGACAUAUAGGCCAUGUUGAAAAAGGAUGUCGUUUGUUUAAAUCAAUGGAUUUGUAUGGAAUGGAGCCAUCUCCUGAUAUUUAUGGUUGCUUAGUUGAUAUGUUCUCUCGAAAUGGAUACCUUGAAGAUGCUAAGCAAAUAAUUGAAUCCUUGCCGUACCCUGCUUGGCCUGCUAUUUUGAGAUCCUUGCUCAGUGGUUGUAGAAUGUACGGGAACAGAGAAUUGGGAGAAUGGGCUGCCAAGAAGUUACUCCAGUUAGUCCCUCAUAAUGAUGCUGCACAUGCAUUGUUGUUCAAGGUUUAUUCUGAGUUGGGUAAUUGGGAAGAUGCAGCGAAGAUGAGGAGGGAAAUGGCAGAAAGAGGCCUUCGAAAAGAUCCCGGACAUAGUUGGAUUGAAGCAUGGUAAACAGUAAACACAGGACAGUGGAACCCAUUACCAGUCACCUUCCGGAGAGCUGUAAUGCAAAUGCUUCUUCAUAUGGUUUUGCAUGACAAUUUAUGCUACUUUUAAGACUUUUUCAGCAUAUGAAGCCACGCAGGGACAGGCAAUCAUUUAUUACCUCCUUAUUGCUGGUUUCCUUUUGGCCUUGUGUUAGAGUGGAUUUUAUAUUGGCAUGUAGAACCCUAUUCAUCGUUGUGUACAGAACAAAAAUCGGUAAAAUGUCUAUAACCUAUUUGUCUCUCUCGUUCAACUUGCCGCAUGCACAUGAUACGAUUGUCUUAUCUGACUGGACGCGGGACAGCAAGCAUGUUGCUUGUUUCUCUUUGGAUUUGUUAGGUGGCAGAGCAUGGUCUGGAAUGGCAUAUGACUGGAGGUGCUUAACAUGAAAAGAAAACCUAUACUAUCCUUGACAAGGCCGCAGCUGUCCAAGUUACAAAAUUGUUAUUUGAAUGCUAAUGAUUCAUUUAUUUCGAGGAUUGCUUCUUGGACGGCUGCAUUUACAAACUUGGCUUUUCGACCCAUGAAGCCGGGGUGUGAUCUGUGCGUAUAUGUAAUGUUAUUUUUGCAAGUAUCUCUUCUUGUUGUAUAAUUAUGACUCUGUAAUCCUCUAUUGUUGCCUGGUAGGGACAGGAAACAUGUGAUCUUGUAAGUAUCAUGGUCUUAAAAGCAUCCCAGCUUGCCCUGAUAAACAGUGUAGGGAAUAUAUUUUUUCCCCCUUUCAUUUCGAAGAGUAGAUACCAAUAUGAAUGCAUCCAUGGAUGCUGGAGCA